AUGGGCGCUUGCCUUUGCAAGAAGGGUCUCCACAACAGCUACAGCCAGAAGUCUAAACCCACCUCCGACAUGGAUCCGAACGUCAUCGACAGCCUCCGCCGUCCGCUGCCAGAGGAUGAAGUGAUCUUGAAGCAGGUUCUUACGGAGACACCGAGAUCGUCGGCUAUCUAUAAGGUAUCCGAGCCCAGGAUAGUGGAGGACGGCGAUAAGAAUGAACCUAUUAUCUUUACACCCGGCUUCGGACUCGUCAACCGGUCGGAUGAGUGUAGCAUCAACAGGAGCUUCUCUGUGCCCGCGGCUCUGACGGAUAAGACGGAAAAGGUAGUGGAGAUGGUGAUGCUGACUCAGGGGACGAGUCCAGAGCGGAGACCACUCCGGGAAUUGUCGGGGGGGGCGAGGUCGGCGUGCCACUAUCGGAGUCACUCUGCCUCUGGGGAGUUUCCCUCGCGGAAGUACGCCAGACGCGACGGUGGAGAAAGGGAUAGGGUCACGCCAUCCCCGGUGAAUCGCCCGGAUUUGAGGUCGUCGACGAUACGGGAGAGAAGCAGGCUUCGUCCACAGGCUGUGAACAGCAGUAGUGGAGCCGGGGAAGUGGGGAGACACAAGGGCGAGAGGUCUGAGCGUGGGUCUAUUUCCCCGGUGCCAAAGCGGGACGUCCGCCAAAUCGGAAGUUCCAACAGGUUGAUCGUGCCGAGGGCAUCUGGGCGGUGGACAACGCCUCAGCGGAGAGCGAUGCCACCUGACCGGAGGCCCAAAGAGUCUCUAGAGAAUCCCCUUGUGUCCUUGGAAUGCUUCAUCUUCCUUUAACAAGUCACAUAUUUCCUCGUACACCCUUCGUACUACAAGAAAGUAAACGAGAGUAACCAAGACCUUAGUCUUUCGAUUCCCCACAUUCUGUUCUUGGUCUCCUCUUCCAUCCCUGUCGGGAGUUUCGUGUCUUUGGGGUACAUCUGGGGGAUCACGACGGCCAUAUUCCAGCAGCUGCUCUCUCUCCCCCUCUAUAUACAUUUAUAUGAUCCAUGUAUAUGGGUAUGAUGUUAUUUGUCUAUGUGUGAUGUUACUUCUACUACUUUGCUCUAUCCUAGAAGUCACUUGAUCAUCCGACAGUUAAAUCAGAUCAUAUAUAUUUUCAAUCGGGUUCUCCGACAGUUAAUGCACAGCCAUAUGAGUCAUGUUUGAAUUAAGGGACCCCAUUACCUGUCUCUCCAUCCCAAUCUGAAUUCCGUCUGGGUUUCUCUCUUAUUUAAUGCUGAUGGAAUUCUGAAGUUCCCGCCUAACUCUUUCGUCCCCCGAUGGCAUAUAAAGAAUAUGCCCAGUCCGUCUUUAAAUACCCACAAUAAGAUGGGACUGCGUUCGCAUGGACGAGGAAUCACAGAAUUUGUAGUUGUAAUGGCUCAACUCCCCUUGCAGAGAAGCUGAUGACCUAGGAUCUCUUCCGAAUACCACAUGAAGCAUGCCCUAUGAUGUUCAAGACUGUAGCUGAGGAUGAAGUUCAGGUCACGUAGCCCACCUUCCAUCGGUGAGCUGGGGGGCAAACAUUCAUAUAUAUUUACAAUAUAGUGUAUCUUUGUGGGGAGGGGUUAAAAUGGUAACAAACUCACUGACAUGCUUGCACAGUCAAUAGAAGGGAAAGGAAGAUGGUAGUUGAGACAACCAUCAGAAAGCGGAAACCGCAAUUCCAUGCUCGCAUUUUAUGGGUUGGGUUAUAUUUCUUCGAUCGUACUGUUGCCCACGUAUUGCGAAACCGUCGCUAUGACUCAUCGUCGGUCAAGGAGUAAUAUUUAAAUUCCUACAUAGGAAAACAUGUUUUUUUCUUUUUGGUCCCAUGAACGUUCGAACGUCGAGGCAAUCCGAACGAACUAAGUUGCAAACAUCACGUUUAUGAUGGAUUAAUGGCUGUGGAGACGGACUACUUUUCAUGGAUUCCGAAGUGCCGACUCAGAAGCCUCAUAAGGAUUCUCCGUCACGCGGUUACCCGCAGCUGACAUCCCACACAUAUUGCGAAGCCAUCUGAUUCGCGAGGACACCAUCUUCCGUGCCCAUUCCCCAAAACAAAUACAUCGCCCCAAAGCCAUUUGUUGCCUGGUCCUGGUGCUGACGUUCUAAGCGUCUUCCGAGAUGCACGCCUUAGGGGACUAGGAAGGAUACGUAGACUGAAUCUGAGGCCACUGAAUUUGCCGUAA